GCGAAUUCAAGCCCUCUUGAUUCGUUCCCGUCCUCUCCAUGUCACUCUGUCCGUCCUCGUCUCUCCCUGUCUCUGUCGAUCGAGCGGAGAUCGGUGAGGAAGAAGGAGAACAAUACUAAGAAUAAACUGGCGGCCCACUCUAUGUAACAAGAUGCGAAACGCCAUGUGAAUUUGAGGGGGCAUAGGUGUCUGGCCCAAAGAUUGUAGAUGCACGAUAUUUCUGAUUACAGCGAUUACCUGAAACGAGUUACUAGGAUUGGACAAUGCCGCGAAAAGUGAGUUACGGGGUUGACUAUGAUGAUGACUAUGACUAUUAUGACGACUAUGACUAUGACUAUGAUUUUGAAGAUGCUAAGGGUUCUAGUACAAGUGAAUCCUUGCCAAAACCUGGUACUUGGUGCUGUCCAAUUUGCACAUACGAUAAUGAGGAGAAGCUAACAUAUUGUGAUAUUUGUGGCGUAAUUCGAUAUCCUCCUGUCAAAUCAUUAAGUGAGAAAAAUGAAGAAGCAGUUGACUUAUGCAAUGGUCGGGGAGCUUCAAAACUGGCCAAAUCUCUGUUCCCAGCGUUGCCUGCUCAGAAGUUGAAAACGGGUGUUACCUUUCAGCCUGUUUAUUCUUUGAGCAAAGAUGUUGAUGGCUCCCAUGGGAUUGAAAAGAUUAAGUGGAAAUUUUCUGAUUUUGAGGAUUCUUUUCUUAAUCAUGAUGCAAGAUACCGUUUUAAUAUAGCACCUUUCAAGUUUGAUAAGCCUUCCCCGGAUGAUGUGGUCUCUGCAGCAAAACGUUCUGGGAAUAGUUUGAAAGGAACCUCACACGCUGCAUUGUCCAAAGCUUCUUUAGGCACAAACAUGGAUCAGGGGACUGUUGAUCUUUUACCUAAUGCUUCAAAACAUGGGGCUUCAUCAUCAAGGUCUUCAGUAGAAGUAGUACAGUUCAAGGCAGAAGACAAGAGAGUGGAUAGCAAGAGUUACACAAGUAAUGGUUCAUCUCUUCUUGAAGAUGGUCAACCACAAAGCCUAGUGAGUGGAGUGAGUAAGUUAAAACUGAAUGAGGCAGCUGAUUCUACGAAGACAGUCAGAGAUAUGAGAAAAGCAGUUCCAUUAGAUGCAUACAAACCAGAGACGUGGGUGCUUCCUGAUAAAAAAUGUGGGGGUUUGUCUCAGCUAAAUCUUGCUAUUGUUGGCCACGUUGAUUCUGGCAAAUCAACGCUGACAGGAAGACUUCUGCACAUUUUGGGGCGGAUCUCUCAGAAGGAUAUGCACAAGUAUGAGAAGGAAGCUAAACAGCAGGGAAAAGGCUCAUUUGCCUAUGCUUGGGCAUUAGAUGAAAGUGUUGAGGAAAGGGAAAGAGGAAUAACUAUGGCUGUUGCAGUUGCUCGUUUUGAAUCAAGGAAAUUUCAUGUUGUUAUGCUUGAUUCACCGGGGCAUAAAGAUUUUGUCUCAAAUAUGAUAUCUGGUGCUACACAAGCAGAUGCUGCGAUACUUGUUGUCGAUGCAUCUAUUGGUUCUUUUGAGGCAGGUAUGGGUUUAAAUGGAGUUGGGGGACAGACAAAGGAGCAUGCACAACUUAUCCGAAGUUUUGGUGUUGAACAGCUGGUUGUUGCUGUUAAUAAGAUGGAUUCUGUAGGAUAUUCUAAAGAAAGAUUUGAUUCCAUCAAUAUGCAGCUGGGUGGAUUUCUCCGAUCUUGUGGAUUUAAAGAAUCACAUGUUUCAUGGGUACCUUUGAGUGUUAUGGAGAAUCAGAAUCUUGUUGCAGCUAUAACCGAACCUCGUUUCUCAUGGUAUAAGGGAUUUCAUCUCCUGGAUGCCAUCGAUUCCUUGCUACCACCAGAACGUGAAAUUUUCAAACCGCUUAGGUUGCCUAUCUGUGAUGUUAUCAAGUCCCGGUCACUAGGGCAGGCAGCUGUUAGUGGUAAAGUGGAAGCUGGAGCCAUCAGAAAUGGUACAAAGGUCCUGGUAAUGCCAUCAGGAGAUGUAGCAACAGUUCGAUGCAUUGAACAAGAUUCACAUGCAUGUGGUAUAGCCAGAGCAGGCGAUAAUGUGGAUGUUGGUUUGCAAGGGGUUGAUGGGGCUUCCUUGAUCACAGGAGGGGUCUUGUGCCACCCAGAAUUUCCAAUAGCUGUGGCUUCCCAUUUAGAGCUCAAAGUGUUGGUCUUGGACAUCAAAAUGCCGAUUAUAGUUGGAUUUCAGGUUGAAUUCCAUAUACAUCAUGCUAAAGAAGCUGCAAAAGUUGAGAGGAUCAUAUCUUUGCUUGACCCUAAAACUGGGAAGGUUUCCAAAAAGGCUCCUAGGUGUCUCACUUCCAAGCAGAGUGCAAUCAUCGAGGUCAUUCUCGGUAAAGAACUGUGUGUAGAGGAGUUCUCCAACUAUAGAGCUCUUGGAAGGGCAUACCUGCGAGCAUCUGGCCAGACUGUUGCUGUUGGAAUUGUAACUCGUCUUGUUCACUAAUUUCCAUCUCCACAGCAGAGUUAUACUGCCGCAGAUGCAGUGAUUGUAUAGUAGAAUAUUAAUUUUGAAGGAUGCAAUAAAAGGGCGACGCAUUGCAAUGACAGCAUGCAACUUUUAUGUAUCACUAGUGUUGGGAAUUUUCUGCAAGUGUAAAGUAGCUGACAUGAGUUGUAAACGCUGCUCCCACCAUUCUGGGAUUUUGGCUGAAUUAAGUUAUUUGUUCUUUUCCUGCUGGAUGCCAUGUGGCAGUUAAUUUCAAAAUUCCUUGCAUA